AGUCUGCCACCAACGCGAAGCCCCGGAACGAACCAAACCAUCCGUGGCCGUGCCGGGCCACCCUCGCCGACGGCCGACCGCAGCCGCUGCCUACAAAGUAGAGCGCACCCCGCUCUGCUCACCGUUUCCGUUUCGUCCCCUUCCCCUGUCUGCGCAUCUGUCACUGUGACCUCGGUCUCCUUGCGCGGCGGAGUGGGAGCGAGAGAUGGCGAGCCACUUCGUGCUCAACACCGGCGCCAAGAUCCCCUCCGUGGGGCUCGGCACCUGGCAGUCCGACCCCGGCGUCGUCGGCGAGGCCGUCUACGCCGCCGUCAAGGCAGGGUACCGGCACAUCGAUUGCGCCAGAGCCUACAACAACGAGAAGGAGGUGGGCUUGGCUCUCAAGAAGCUAUUUGAAGAGGGUGUAGUCAAGCGCGAAGAUCUUUUUAUCACCUCUAAGCUAUGGUGUGGUCAUCAUGCUCCAGAAGAUGUACCUUUGGCACUUGAUGAAUCCCUGAGUGACCUGCAGCUUGACUACUUGGAUCUUUACCUUAUCCAUUGGCCAUUUAGCGUCAAGAAGGGAUCCAGUAUUGGCAACCCUGAAAACUACGUAACACCUAACAUCCCAGCUACAUGGGGAGCAAUGGAGAAGCUACAUGAUGCUGGCAAAGCUCGUGCAAUUGGUGUGAGCAACUUUGCAUCGAAGAAACUGGGGGACUUGCUUGCUCUUGCUCGCAUACCUCCAGCUGUUGACCAGGUGGAGUGCCAUCCUGGUUGGCAGCAAACUAAACUCCAUAGCUUCUGCCAGUCAAAGGGUGUUCACCUCUCUGCGUACUCACCACUAGGUUCACCUGGAUCAACAUGGAUGAAUGGUAAUGUCCUUAAAGAACCUGUUGUCAUUUCAAUCGCAGAGAAGCUUGGCAAAACUCCUGCACAAGUAGCGCUGCGCUGGAACAUUCAGAUGGGUCACAGUGUACUCCCAAAGAGCGUGAGUGAAGAUCGUAUAAAGCAGAACCUUGAUGUUUAUGACUGGUCAAUUCCGGAUGACUUGCUUGCGAAGUUCUCUGAGAUUAAGCAGACUAGGCUGCUCAUGGGCAACUUCAUCGUGAACAAAGACAGCAUCUACAAGACCCACGAGGAGCUCUGGGACGGGGAAAUUUAGGACUGUUCCCGGUGUUUAUUCAGGGCACCUUGGUACACAGUCGCUUGUUAAAUUGUUAUGUAUUGUCAACCAUGUGCUUAACAAUCAUAUGGCUCAGACAGUUCCGUUGGGAAUUAUUCUCUAGACUGCAUGCAUUGCUCCUCUAGGUUAAGGAAUAUGUGCUACGACUAUGUAUUUAUCCUAGCUCGUUACUGUCAUCUGCAUUAUUUGUUU